GCGAAGAAGAGGCGCGUUUUCAGCGCGCGCCGCGCAUCAGCUUGCAUUUUAAUAUCAAUUUGAUAUGACGUAAAAAAAAACUCAGCAUCAACAAUACACAUUUAUAUUUACCUGUUUGAUGCUGACCUUCGAAAAGCGCACGUGUGUGAGCUUAUGUUGACAAACAUAACGUUACAUGGAGGAGUUUUUAGAGCACUUUAAGGAGCGCACGAGAUCGGAGCAGCGCUGGCUGUGUGAGGUGUUUGAGGGCGUGAGACAGCAGCUGUAUCCCCUCAUCAGCUCAUCUGUGGGUUUGUCUGUGGAGCAGCUCACUCUCUCUGUGCUGUCAAAAGUUCAGAGAGCCGCGGGGUCAGAGGUCGCGUCUCUACCCGUCAGCUACAGGUUUGUGUCGUUGUCGGAGUUGACGCGUCAGCAGCACACCCCAUGCUGCAGCAGCCUCACAUGGAGCUCCGCCCAGUACCGGGAACAGGCCAGGAGGGCACUGCCCAAUUACAGAGCGCUGGCGCGCGAUAACAUCCUUCUGAUGGGCUAUCUGUACGAUGGGCCGGCUGCAGGGGCGAGCGAUGGGGGCUGGUGGGUGAGAGAUGCCGGAGGCGCUGUGUCAUGUCGGUUGGUAAAAUCCUCUCCUCUGUGGCUCGGGAGGCUGAUGCUGUUUCCCACGUGGAACUACAUCCCCCAGAAUGCACCUGCAGGAGGAGGUUACCUGGAGCUGAUCGACCCUCCAGUUUGUGUGACUCCUGAGGCCAUGACCUUUGACCCCGGAGGAUCCCUGACUGAGGCCAUGAGUGUGAAGAGAGCGGCUGAACUUCUGAAGCAGAGGUGCGAUGCUCAGGUGUGUGUCAGUGGGCAGGUGAGUGUGAUCUCCCCUCUGCUCUUGAUCUCUGGCAGGAGAUUCUUCUGUCUCAUUCUCAGUGAGGGAGAUUCUGCAGCUCCUGUGCUGAUCACGGAAGGCAAACAUCAGUACUGGCGGCAGUGUGUUUGCGUGGGUCAGUAUAUUUGCAUAUCUGCAAUGCGAGUGUGUUCUCUGCGAGGGUGGGCGGGGCAUCAUGUGCUGUCAGUCACCGCUCAGUCCCGCCUCCAUCCACACGUGCAGACGCAAGAGAGCUCUGAAGAUCCAGAGAAACACCUGAUGGACACAGACUCGCACGCACCUGACACACACAUGACCUCACACACAGCAUCGUGCUCCACCACUUCAGUCCGAAAAAAACACUCAACCCUCAUCAGCUACAAGGGUUUGAUCACAAAGGUCCUGCACGCAGAGGCGGGGCUUUAUGAGAUUGACGGGAAGGUGGGGCUCUGUCUGGCCUAUCAGCCGCUUCAGGAACGUGGCGGCGGCUUGAGACCAGGAGCAGAGAUUCAGCUACACAACGUUCAUUUCUUGUAUCGGCCUUCACCGUUCGCACCGGAUGUGGUUCUGUGCGCAUGUUUGUGCUCCAGCGCUCAGGUUACCGCCUUCAGUCCUCUGAGUUCAAAGGUAGAGGUGUGUGGGUCACACAGCCCGCUGCAGCGCCACCUGCUGGAGAAGAAUCUGGGCGUGUCCCAGUAUCUGUGGCUCUGUUACUGUCAGCGUGUCAUCACAGAGAGGUUGUGUCCACGCUGGGUGAGAGAGGAGCGUGUGUGUGUGGUGGCCGGGCGACUGCUGGACUGUGUGUGUGAUGCUGAACAGAAGACGGACAGAAAGAGAGACAUUUACAGAGAGAUGCUACAGGAACCCCACCAGUGUCCCGUAACCACGUAUUGUGUGUCGUGGCCAUGUGUGGUGUUGUGGUCAGUGCGACAUCUCUGUGAUUGGAUGAGCAGUGAGGUUUGGUCAUCUCUCUCUCUCUCAUCUCUCGUGUCGCCGGCGGCGGCUCACAUGACGUGUGCGGAGCUGAACGCGUGUCUGUCGUGGUCCGUUCACAGCGUGCGUCUCACUGCAGCUCAUUCACAGCCACUCAUGUUGGUGGGAGUUCUGGAGCUGAGCUCCACUCACGCCACGCUUCAGAUCAAAGAUCAGACACAAACACUUGACUGUGUGUGUGUACAGACCGACCAGUCAGGAGCCACCACAAACUCCAACAUCAGCACAGCCUGGCUGGGUAAACCCAUGACAUCACUUCUGUGUUGUCUAGUGUGUGUGCAGCGCUGUACUCUAGUAAUGGAGAGAUUAAUGAAGACAAAUUUCCCCUCCUGGAAACACCUCGACCAGCCGAACUACAUCACACACAAACACUGCAGGCUUUACCUUCAGUUCUGUGUCAGUGAUCUGAUCAUCAUCAGUCCGUCUGCUGCCAUGAGCAUCAGUCUGAUGGAGAAGAAGAGAGAUCAGACAGACGGAAGAGAAGCUGACCAGAAGAGAGACAGACGUGAUGAGGGUGAUGAUGAUCCUCUGAGGUCAGCGUGUGUGAGUCUCGUCUUCAGACUGAACUCUAAACAGGGUGUGAUGUUCAGAAACACAUCAGUGUCUGCAGACGCGCACACACUCCAGAUGGGAUUCACGGCCACGGUCUCGUGUCUGGGAGACGUUCAGCUCUGGAACAACGAUCCAAAGAACCGGAGGAUACAGACGAGCGAGACUGACGGACGCGAGACAACGGUCAGACAUCUACACUACACUGUUUCACUGCUGUACUCUGGGUUUUAUUCUGCUAGUGUGUGUGUGUUACAGAUGGAUCUGCACUUUGGAGAUGUGUGUGUUCGAUGGUUCCCGCUUCUGCAUCCUGGAUCUGUUUACAGAUUAAUUGCACAUAACACAGAGGAUGUGAGUGUGUUGAAAGCCGAGAGCAUUUCAGCAAGAGGCGGAGUCAAACUGCUCAGUAACCCCGCCCUCCUGAUGAAGCAUCAGUGGCGCUUACACACACUCACACACAUGGAGCAACUGCUGGACACACAGUCAGAUGUUGGUGCAGUGAUGAGUGUGUCUAAAGUUCUUCACUCCAGCUCCACCUCUGAGAUCGUCUCUUUUUAUGGAGUUAUAUCUCAGCGAAUCACAUUGCAGGAAGAGAUGGGAACAAAACCCAGCAUCCAAUCAGUGACAGCGACUAAAGACAGCAGUGUGGUGGAGGAGGGUCUGAAGAUCCGCUUGACCGUUCAGGACUCUGAAUCAGCAGGUCACAUGAUUCAGGUGUAUGUGGAUUUGUCGUGUGGGCCGUACACACCUGGACUGCUGCAGGGGGCGACUGUAAUACUGCAGGACUUCCAUCGCAAAGUGUCCAAAGCGUGUAACGUGUACUGCCGCUCUCUGCCCAUCAGUUGUGUGAGCGUCACUGGUCUGGGGUCAGUCAGCUCAGGGUCAGGUGGGUCCCAGUCCCCUCCUCCCAUGAUGCUGUUGGGUGAGUGGGCAUCAGGCAGGACGCAGCAGUGCAUUGUGGGUCAGGUCAAAGGUCACAUUGUGUGCGUUUUGUCUCUGAGGUUGCAGUGGAUGUGUUCACUGUGUGGCAGUACCUUCAGACAGGGUUCCUGUAGCAGAGGUCAGCCCCCGUGUGACUCCAGCUGCGGUGUGUUUCAGGCCGAGGCUAAGGUGGCUGUGGAGGACGGCUCAGGUGAAGCUCUCGUCUGGUUUUCAUCUGACACCGUCUCCGAACUGCUGAUGUUGGACGUGGGUCAGUGGGAGGGGCUUCAGAGACACGUCAGGGUCAAAGGUCACGUGAGGGUGUACACACGCGGCCACAGCAUGAUGUGUGAUGUGGACCCCGAGGAGCCUCUCGUUCAGUUUUUGUGCUGUUUGUGCUCCAGUAACACAGUGUGUCGACAAAUCAAGCUCACGUGCAGACUGCGAGCACAGAGAACAGAGGUGGAGCUAGUUAAUGUGUCAUCAUCAGAGGGGCGGAGCUUACCGGACGGUCAUUGAACACAGACGGUGGCAGGACUGAGGUAUGUCACACACAUAUACAUAUGAAUAUAAAUCUCACAUUUAGUGUUUUUGUAUCUGUUUCAUUCCUGUGUCAGUGAACAGUUCUUGUUUGUGUGUGUGUAGAUGAUGCUUUAGUUUGUCUCGUGUGAAUAUGAGGGCACGUGUGAGUGAUUGUUCAUUUGAUGAGCAAUUUUAGUUUGUCGUCGAACUUUCUCCACUUUAACGGCUCUUAUCAAAGACACACGUCUCUGUGCUCUGUCACGCGCGCGCGCGUGUGUCCUUGAGUGUGUGUGUGUGUGUGUGUGUUAGAGAAAUCAAUAUGUGCAGCAGUGGAGUAAAUAAUCCUUCAGAGUAACAAUUACAAAACUCUUUCAUGCUUUAUACGACUGAGUGAAAAUAAAAAAACUGCUCUCAUGUUGUUAUAAAUCUGUCAUCAUUUGUGUUUUUUUAAGAGGGGAAACUCAUGUGCUGCGAGUCCAGAUGUAAAGAAUAACUGAUCAUUGACAUGAGAAUCAUUCUUCUAUGUCAUCACUUUUAUCACCUGUGUUUUAGUGAAAGUGAGCUCAUCCUUUCUUCAUCUGUGUGUGUGUGUGUGUGUGUGUGUGUGUGUGUGUGUGUGUGUGUGUGUGUGUGUGUGCGUUUGUGUUCUCCGUCAAAGCAUUUAAUAAAUGACAAAAGUGUGUGAGAGAGAUCAGACACAGUAACAUCAGACAUUAACUGGUCUCAUUUUUAAAAGCUGAUAUCGUGUGAUAUGUUGGAAGACAGUUCUGAGAGAAUCAUGACAGUUUUUUUCUAGAUUGGACAAAUGUUUGUGUAGUGCAGGAGUGUGUGUGUUUUCUAGAAGAAAUGUAAUUUAAUGCAUGUGUGUGAUGACCAGUGUUGGGUGAGUUCCUCUGAAAAGUAAUUCAUUACUAGUUACUAAUGACAUAUUCAAUAGUGUAAUUAGAUUACUGUACAAAUGACUCUCCAAAAAGUAUUUAAUUACUUAUUAUUAAUGACUUUCUAUAUCCUACAUCAACCUUGAUUAGUUUAGUGAUUCAAGGAUAGACAUGAAACGGCUCUUCUAAUUCAUUCAAAUAAAUCAUAUAAAACUACAUAAAUGAUUCUUAUUAACUGAUCAAAGUAUACAAAUGUGAGAAUUAUACAUUAAAGCACGGAUUUUAAAGUUAGACUUUGAAUUUGGAUGUCAAUUCCACUAUUGCACACACAUAUUACACAAGUAUUUAGUUUAAUUACAUCAGAAGUAACUGUAAUUAAAUUACAGAAAAUUUGAGUAAUCCCUUACUUUACUUUUUCAAGUGAAAAGUUAACUAAUUACUUAGUAACACUGGUGAUGAAGUUUGUUUUGUUCAUGUUUUUGAUCAGACUGAUGAUGUAAUGUGACAGUGAAUUUAUUCUGCACACAUUGUCAGCACAAUCAUUCCUGCGACACAUGACGUGUUCAGUGUGUUGUUGUCUAACUGUUGAGUGACAUGUCAAGGGUUGUUUUCGCAGCGGUUCUUUAUAGUUUUAUAUUCUUCAGAUCUUGAUGUGCUGUGUGUCAGUGUUCUCUACUUUAUCUCUCUCACUGUCACUAUGAGAUAGACACACACACACACACACACAGAGAGAGAGAGAGCAGCUGUGUCAUCAGCGCUGGGAU